CGAUGGGGCGGCCCAGUCUUCCUUCAGUGCUCCCAUAGAGGUGCCAUCCGUGAGCUCAGCCGCAUCUCACGCUGCUCUCCGCCGCCCCAAGAACACCGACUUGUUUGAAAUGAUUGAAAAGAUGCAGGGGAGCAGGAUGGACGAACAGCGGUGCUCCUUCCCUCCUCCUCUGAAGACGGAAGACGAUUACAUCCCCUAUCCCAGCGUCCACGAGGUUUUGGGGCGAGAGGGCCCCUUUCCCCUCAUCUUGUUGCCCCAGUUUGGGGGAUACUGGAUCGAAGGCACCAACCACGAGCUGACCGCCCUCCCUGAGAUGGAGCUGCUCCAGUCUCCGACCUCCAAGGUGAAGCUCGAAUGCAACCACAUGGCCAGGAUCUACAGGAAGCACUUUCUGGGCAAGGAGCACUUCAACUACUACUCGGUCGACGUGGCGCUGGGCCACCUCGUUUUCUCCCUCAAGUACGACGUCAUUGGGGGCCAGGAGCAUUUGAGGCUCCUCCUGCGGACAAAGUGCCGGACGUACCACGACGUCAUCCCCAUCUCCUGCCUGACUGAGUUCCCCAACGUCAUCCAGAUGGCGAAGCUGGUGUGUGAGGACGUGAACGUGGAUCGCUUUUACCCCGUCCUGUACCCAAAGGCUUCUCGCCUCAUCGUGACCUUUGACGAACACGUCAUCAGCAAUAACUUCAAGUUUGGCGUCGUCUACCAGAAACUGGGCCAGACCUCGGAAGAGGAGAUCUUCAGCACCACGGAGGAGAGUCCGGCUUUCGUGGAGUUCCUUGAAUUCCUGGGCCAGAAAGUCAAGCUGCAGGAUUUCAAGGGGUUUCGGGGCGGCUUGGAUGUGACCCACGGGCAGACGGGGUCUGAAUCAGUCUAUUGCAACUUCCGGAACAAGGAGAUCAUGUUCCACGUUUCCACCAAGUUGCCCUACACGGAAGGGGACGCUCAGCAGCUGCAGAGGAAACGGCACAUCGGCAACGACAUUGUGGCCAUCGUCUUCCAAGACGAGAGCACGCCCUUCGUCCCCGACAUGAUCGCCUCCAACUUCUUGCACGCCUACGUGGUGGUGCAAGCCGAGAGCCCCUGCUCCGACCACACGCUCUACAAGGUCUCCGUCACCGCCCGGGACGACGUGCCCUUCUUCGGGCCCCCCUUGCCGAGCCCGGCUGUUUUCCGAAAGGGGCCGGACUUCCAGGAGUUCCUCUUGACGAAGCUGAUCAACGCGGAGUACGCCUGCUACAAGGCGGAGAAGUUUGCCAAGCUGGAGGAGCGCACGCGGGCGGCCCUGCUGGAGACGCUCUAUGAGGAGCUGCACCUGAACAGCCAGUCCAUGAUGGGGCUGGGCGGAGACGAGGACAAGAUGGAGAACGGCGGCGGAGGCGGAGGCGGCUUCUUCGAGUCCUUCAAGAGGGUGAUCCGCAGCCGGAGCCAGUCGAUGGACGCCGUGGGGCUGAGCGGCAAGCGCCAGAACACCGUCUCCACCAGCCACAGCGGCAGUUUCGGACACAACAACCCGGACAUCGCCAAAGCCGCGGGCAUAUCAUUGCUUGUCCCCGGAAAAACGCCAAGUAGGUACGGACGUCGAGGAAGCGCCAUAGGCAUAGGAACCAUAGAAGAGUCCCUGAUCGUGCCCGGGAAGAGUCCGACGCGGAAGAAAUCGGGGCCCUUCAGUUCCCGGCGGAGCAGCGCCAUCGGCAUCGAGAACAUCCAGGAGGUGCAGGAGAAAAGGGAGAGCCCAACCGGAACCCAGAAGACCCUGGACAGCGGCCACGUAUCCCAGGAGCCCAAGUCUGAGGAUUCGUCCAAUCAGAGCUCGCCAGAGAUGCCCACCACCAAGAACAGGCCGGAUCCUGCUGCCCCCAAACCGGAGGCCCUGCGGGACGUCUCCCGGUCAUCGUCCAGCGCCAGCAGCUUCGGCAGCGUGGUGGAGGAACACGAAGGGGGCCACGAGGACGACACCGGCCUGGAGAGCCAGUCCUCCUCCGGGACCCCGCAGAAGCGAGACUCCUUCAUCUACAGCACCUGGCUGGACGACAGCCUCAGCACCGCCAGUGGGGGCAGCAGCUCUCCAGGCCCUUCUCAUUCUCCCCAGCCGGACCCCCGGACUGCCACGGACCCCUCCUGUCCGGAAAUCAAAAUCCAGUUGGAGCAGGCCGAACGGCAGCCCCCCCACCUGCACACAGCAAAGAAGAAGCACAAGCUGAGGGGAUGGCGGGAGGCCACGGCCUUUGUCCCGGCGCACGGCGACUGUCCAGCCAGCAGAACGCGCUCGUCCAAGCCUCCGUCUUAAGCAGCUGCCUCGCCGCCGCCCCCUUCCAGUUGCUUCCACGAAGACCCCCUGGAAUGGAGCUGCCCCAGAACCCUAGAC